GCGAGAUAGAACAGCCAGUAUACACAUUUACUUGUACAUCCAUUUGUGAUCUACUACGCUCAAUGCUCAUGCAGCGAAGCGAUGUUCGUCCGGAUUUCGCAGUAUCAAAUGAAGCACAAACUCAGAGUCCGCGGGAAGGGAACUAUAAGAUAGGAUUAUAUCCACAUAUGAUGGGCACAUAUCAUUCUCCCAUCUUUUCAACGCAUCGUCUCGGAAGAAAUGGCAUCCAAAAGCAUCUUGGUUGUUGGCGUCACUGGUUACAUUGGCGGUUCGAUUCUACAAUCGCUUUCGCACAGUUCAACAGAGUCGUGGCUGCGCGAUGUCAGAGUCGUGGCCCUCGUAAGGAAAGAGUCUGAGGCGCAGAUCCUCCAGACUGCAGGGUUUGAAACUAUCCUGUGUCCGGCCUACGACGAUACGGAGAGACUGCAGGAACUCGGCGAAUCCUUCGAUAUCGUCAUCCAGGGCGGCCACAACGACCCCAGAACCGCAGUCCCACUCAUCCAGGGUCUCGGUGCCAGGCGCGCAAAGCUGAACACUCCAGUCCACUUCCUCCACAUCACCGGGGCUUCGAACAUCAGUGACCGCCCUAUCACGCAAGACUACGUGGAGUCGAGGGUUCUCUCGGACCAGGAGAGUGUCUACCACUACAUGAAGUACCGCGAGUCCAUCGAGGGCUACGGCCAGCGCACCGCAGACAUCAUAACCGUCGAGACGGGCGCGCAGUGCAAAGUAGCGACCUACACCGUCAUGGCGCCCACCAUCUUCGGCAUCGGCAGCGGCCGGUUCAGACGCUACACGACACAGCUCCCCGCCAUGAUCAACAACAUGCUCAACACCGGAGUCUGCCUGGUGCUGGGCAGCGGCGAGACGCGGUGGGGCCGUGUCCACGUCGACGACCUGAGCAUGUUCUUCGUGUGCCUGUGCCGGAAUAUCCUCGAGGGCCGAAACGUUCCCGCCGGAGAGAAAGGCGUGUAUUUCACGGAAGCCGGGUCGUUCACGCAUAGAGAAUACUCGCAGCGCUUAGCCGACGCCGGGUUCAAGCUAGGGGUUCUCGCGGCGCCCGCGGUCACGGAGGCAACGCUGGACGAAGUAGCCAAGGGCUUCACGAACGGUAACCGGCUCAUUGCAGAGCUUUCGUAUGGCGCCAAUGCGCUGAUGAAGUCGGAAUUGGGCCCCGUCCUGGGAUGGGUGCCGAAGUACCUAGACGAGGCUUGGGAGGCGUCGUUCGAGAUUGAGCUCCAGGGCUUUAUGAAGGACUGUCCGGCUCUCGUGCAGAUGCCUCCGGAUUAUGAUGUCCACAAGCCGGCGCGGUUUGAGGGCUGA